AUGGAUUCCACUGAACAAACGAUUAACUCUAGUUCUUUUAUCAUUACUGUCUAUGUGGGUUAUUUCACUAUAAUUACUGGUUUAAUAGGUCAUAUUAUCAAUAUUCUUGUUUUUACACAAUUGAAAACCUUUCGAAAAAAUCAAUCAGCAUUUUAUCUUACAGUUGGGUCAUUUGUUGAUUGUUGGCAAUUAAUUUUUGCAACUACAACUCGUACUGUAGCAAGUACUGUUGGUUAUGAUCCAACAAAAACAUCUCUUGCUUGGUGUAAACUUCGAACAUAUUUCAGUAUAUCAGGAUCAGUAGUUUUAACAAUUAAUCAAUGUUUUUCUGCUAUUGAUCAAUAUUUAUCAACAAAUCAUUAUCCUCGUUUAAGACAAAUUAGUACUUACAAGUUAGCACAACGUGCUGUUUCGGGGUUGCUUAUCUAUGCAAUUAUAUAUGACAUUCCUUUUUUGAUUUUUGAAGAUAUUCAAAUAAUAUGUGCAACAUUUAAUCCGGGAUUUAAUUAUUUCUUUUCAUUUAUUCAUUUUUGUUUAAUUAAUGGUUUUGUACCAAUAUUUAUAUCAUCAUUAUUUAGUUUCCUUGCUUAUCAAAAUGUUCGCCGUCUUGUACAACGACACAUUGCAUUAGUUCGAAGACGUCUUGAUCAACAAUUAACAGCAAUGAUACUUGUUCGAGUUGCUUUAUUUGCUAUUACAACUAUUCCUUAUAUUUGCUUUCGAAUAUAUCAAAUUAAUAAUCCAGUUGAUCAGACUAAUGAAUUUGCUGUUGCAGUUGAUCAAUUAAUCCGUUCAUGUUUUAAUGCAGUCUAUACUAUGAAUAAUUCGGGUGGCUUUUAUGUUUAUUAUGCGACAUCAGCUCGAUUUCGUCGACAAGUGAGACGUGCAUUUUUUCAAAAGAAUUUAUGCAAAUGUAUUACAAAAAAAGUGACAAAAAUUAAAGUUGCACAUGGUAUUCCUCCAGUACAAGCUAUAAAACCAGCAAUACUAAAUUAA